AUGGAGUGUGUAGUGGACCUCUCAGAGAGAAUAUAUAUAAGAAGAGAACAUUUAGUGUGCCAUACCGCUUGCAACCAAAUACUAAAGGUUCGGUUCAGGAGAUACUCUUUGAUACGCCCUGAGGUGGCAAUAAAGUAUUUUCGGUGUGUUGUGAAGAGGUUUGGUGCUUACGGUCUAGAUAAGAAAGUGGUCCGGCUGUCAAAGGAAAGCAAGUUUCUCCUGGAGAAGAUAGCAAAUAAGGAGCUGGUGAGCACAGGCAUUCUGAUGUCCAAUCUGAAGACGGGCGCCUUUGCAAGGCUGGGGUACGUGACAGACACCCGGUGCACCUGCAGCGACUGCAUGCUCAAAGAGUGCCGGCUUCUGACCAUAAAGGAAAGCAACACGUUUGGAUACUCUCCCGAGGACUUCAAAAACAUCAUAAACACCAUUCAGAAGAAAGAGAAAAUGAAAAGCAAAAUAAAGCAGCAGGAGGCGCUGUACAAUAAAUUCGGCAUAAAAAGCACCCGAGCCAUAUACGACCGAUUCUUUGGAUGCUACAAUCUGAAGGGAAAGCGGGCAGGAAUCAGGCCGUUUACGCUGAAAGGCCCUUGGACAAAGGAGAACGCAAACAAGCUGAUGCACUCGUACAAGACCUCUCUUUCCAUCAAAGCCAUGUCUUUCUUUGUGAUCCUGCACAAGAUCGGGCACCCCUCCGCCAGCUUCAUAACAUACAACAACUCGCAGAUAUACUACACAUUAAUAGUGCACAAAAUUGACCUAAAAACAAAGGCAGAGCUUCGGCAGCACAUAAAGAGCAAAGCGCACGUGGAAAAAAAAGAAAAAAAUGACCAGCGAGAGCGAGAGUGA